AUGUAUUGCACGAUAUGCGAGACAAAGAUAGAGGAUUUACAUCACUACAAGUCUGAGCUCCACAGUCUCAAUGCACGCAGGAAGUUCUUAGGAUACCCGCCAUUGUCAUUAGAGGAAUUUGAUUCUCAGUCAAUAUCCGACGAUUUGACUAUCGAUUUGAACAUUUCAGAUUCUAUAAAUAUAUUUAAAGUUAGCAGUUCUGAUAAGCCCAAAGAAGUAAACAGUUCAGAAUCUAUUGCAAGUAUAGAAACAAAUAGGCUGUGUGUUUUCUGUGAUCAGAACCAUAGCAUCGCACAUUAUAGGCUUCACAAUCUCUCGGAUGAACAGGGGUUCUAUCUUACCAAUACACAGUGUUAUAUUUGUUAUGAAAGAUUUUCAGAUCGAAAUAUGCUGAUAAAGCACUUGGAAUUAGAGUUACAUCGAACAGCAGUAACAGACGGAAUUUCAUUGUUUCUUGAAAAUGGCAAAAUACUAAAUCCUCACAAAAUGAACAUGCCAUUAAGAACAAUAUUCAAACCGGAAAAGGACUCAAGAGCAACAAAAAGCAUAGAUAUUGUAUUUAAAUCACAUAAAAGAAAUAAAAAUUAA